AGGAGCUAUAAUAUUUUCCUGCUUGCGCUGAGUCAUCCCUGUCCUACCCCCUUAUCUCCCCUCUCCAGCCUAUGCCCGCAGAGGUGAACAGGCUUGUGAGAUAGCCAUACUAGGCACCACAGCCUGGGAAAACCGCAGUCAGGAGGGAGAGACGCGGGUGUCUCUGCUCAGGGGAGUGGACAGCUGGGGAGCCAGAAGCCGUGAUGGACUCUGGAGGGGAAACACGGGUGCAGUUGCUCUGAACCGUGAGAGUGGGGAAAAAUCUGCUGAUCUCAGAUGUAUGAAUCUAUCUCCCUUCUCCAUGUACAUGCAGCCCAAUGGGCGGUGCCUGUUUAAGGGGGAAAGUCGCACUGACACCGCUGAACAGCCCCCCCACCCCCAUAGCCGCCGUGGGAAGGGAAAUACGUGGUAACCGCUACAUGACGGGUGGAGAGACAACAGUCCCGCGGCUGAUUGGCAACACGAUGAAGGAAGAGAGGCCACAAGCAACUAGAGAUCCUGCUCUCAGCCUACAGUGCAUUCGAGAUCAGAAGAUUCCAAUUGCUCUGGGUGUCAUCAUCGCAGUGCUGGUCUCCGUUAUAAUUGCACUGGCCGUGAGAGCCCCCCAGGCUUGCCCGCCCCCCAUCUCCGCCGCGUGCCCGGACGACUGGAUCGGAAACCGAGGCAAAUGCUACUUCUUCUCCAAGAUGGAAGGGAACUGGACAUCCAGUCAAAGCAAAUGCUCUUCACUCAGCGCCUCCCUGGCUGUGAUUGACUCCCCGCAGGACCUGGAUUUCAUGCUGCGCUAUAAAGGGCCCCCUCACCACUGGAUUGGCCUAUGGAAGGAGCUGGACCAGCCCUGGAAAUGGCCCAAUGGAACCGAAUUCAACAACAUGUUUCCAGUGAGAGGGGAAGGGCAGUGCGCUUUCCUGGAUGACAUUGGUGUCAGCAGCUCCAGAUGCUACUCGGAAAGAGGUUUCAUCUGCAGCCGGCCAGACGACUGCACUAGAAGGAAGCCAAGCGCCGCCAGAGGGGACACUGUCUAAGCUUAAGGGACCGCUGCAAACUCUUCAGUGAUCGCAGAACUCGCACAAUGGUCAUUUUUAGGGGGCAUCCUACCUCUGCAGCCAUGGCUUUGCACAGACGCCUGCAGAAAUCCCAGUGACAAACACUAACCUCCUGCAAGAUUACUCCGUUACCACGCUGGGUUUUAAACCCUUUUUGUUUUUAGAAAAGGUGAAUGUUGGGAUCCCCUUGAUAUAAUUCUGUGACCUUCAUAACGAACUCAGAUUCUGCAGAAUCUCCGCUUUUUUUUUUUUAAAGUGUAAGUUUCUAGCCUUUGUGGUUUCGAAGAGAACUGUUCUAAUAUGAACAGAGCUUGAGUCUGCAAAGAGCCUGCCAUGACUCAGGGUACAUCUACACUACGGGGGGGAGUCGAUUUAAGAUACGCAAAUUCAGCUACGUGAAUAGCGUAGCUGAAUUCGACGUAUCGCAGCCGACUUACCCCGUUGUGAGGACGGCGGCAAA